CACCCUUCCUCUAGCAACUUCUCAACACCAAAGGAAUAGUGUAUCAUGGACUUGAAGCAAAGAACAGAUAAGCCCGCAACGAACACCAGGAAGAGACUUGAAGAACGGCGAGAGCCGAGAUACCAUGUCUACAUCCGGCUGCCCUUCAACCGUGGAGACUUUGUCGAUCCAGGGACAGUGAACUGGAACGAAAUCAAGUCCGACGCCCUGUGGGCUGUUCUUUCCGAUUCCUCGCUUGGCCAUGUCGACUGUACGAAGCUGGCUACUCAGUUCGACGUGACUGUCGACUUCCUCCUGCAGAUGGCUAACUAUUUGACCGAGCGGCAUACCUCUCAGCUCAGGGCACACAUGCUGAAGGCAGCAGCAGCUAGGGGUUCCAACGCUCCGUCGCCGGUCCCUGGCGCCGAGCCUCCUGCCACCCAUCAGCCAACUGUCACGGAGCCUUCGAGACGCUCCAGUUCAGCAGCCGGCCGCGCUCCGUCAGCGCUAUCAGUGCGUAAGGAGACCGGGACUCCGCUUCCGAGGAACGAAGAGGACCAGGGCGAUGUCGCCGCCGCCGCCGGCACCUUCAACAAGAUCACUCUCCCCGUCCGACCGGGAAGCUCUCGGAACUCAUCAGCCAGCACGGCUACCACCAUGCAGAACCUACAGAAUCAGCCCACUAGUCGGCCAGGCACAGCUCCCCGCCUAAGCGAUCCCAGAAAACGGUGGCUCCCUCGCCUCGCUACCACUGCCCUGCCACAACAACAGUACCAACCGCCACAGGAAGAGACCGACACCGAGAGACCCCCGCCAAGCCCAACGGCCUCCACCUCGUCAUCCUCAACGUCCUCCUCUGACAGCCCGGUUCAGAGCCGCAUUAUCCGACGUCCACCACGCUUCCAAGUCCGGGAUCCGCGAACGGGCGGGGGCGGGGGCAACGGAGGUGCCGCUUUCGGCGACGACGAUGACGACGGCGACGAUGCCGAGCCGGCAUUCCUGCCGUACACGCAACGCCACCAGCCAGGUUCAGCCGUGCACGGUAGCUCUGGCACAGGCAGCAUCAGCAGCGGCCAGGACCUGGGCGCCACCCUGCGCGGAGACAUGCGCGACCCGGCCGGUCGACGGCGCUCGGGUGACGCUGCCAGUCAGUCGCAGACGUCGGACUCGUCGGUUGGGUCGGUCGCUGUUGUGCCCCGGCGGCCGUCCACCGUUGACGCUGGCACGGGUGGCGUGAGGGCCAGCGGUGGCGAGCGGCGGGGACCCAGCGGCCAGCUCCUUUCGCCGAGGCGGACUGCCGAGCUGGCUGCGAGGGGCCAGGGUCUUUCUGCGGCGAGUAGGGGUAGAGGCGCUUCGAGGGAAGGGAGUGAAGGGACGCCUAGUAUGGGGAGCAGUUUUAGUGAUCUUGAUGAUGCUUCUGUCACACAGUCGGCGCUGGAGGAAGCCCUUGCUAGCCGCAUGCAGGACGGCACGAUUGGCAGUCGGAUGAGUGUCAUUGGCGGCACUAUCGGGGCCAUCAGGAGCAGGUACCUGCCCAAGCCUAAUCGGCAGUGAGGAAGACGAGGAGUGCUAAAUUGGAUAGUUCGGUUUGGUUUGGUUUGGGGUUUAUUAGACGAAUCAUGUUGAAGUUAUGGCGUUGCUUGGUCAUGGGCUUGGUGGUGUAUUGGCACCUCAACCAGCUGUUGAAGGCUAGCAGUUUUUGUCGUGUAGGUGUCUUUCUGCAAUCCAGCUUGGAAAUGAGGGAAAGACCGUCGGGGUUUCGAGGAGCUUCUCCCUAGAAAUCAAUGGUGCCGAGCUCAACAAGACAGACGCGGCAUACCAGGAGAACUGAGCAAGAGGAUGGUCCUCCGGAGCACUUUGACAUUUUCUUCCUCACAUCAAGCAGAAGCACAGUUCUCAAACCUAU